AUGGUGUCCACACCAGAUGUCAUUGUUGGAAUCGAUUUUGGAAUGACCAGUACAGGGGUCGCCUAUUCUGCCGGCCCUGAAUGGAUGAGGCCAGAGACAAUUCAGAAUUGGCCUGGAAACCUCAGAGGAGGGAUAGCAGACAAGGUCGACUCUAAAAUCGCCUAUGAUCCAAAUGGUGAUAUCGUAUCCUGGGGAUUCAUGGUUGACUCCUGUCGCGUCGGGGACAACGUUCGAGUGGAAGAGCUAUUCAAGCUGUAUCUGGAUCCCGAUUUCAAGGAUCCAUACGAAGGAGCGCCUUCCGUCCAGGAAGCUCAGAGGUGGUUCACAGACUACCUGUCGCGUCUCCAUCAAGCGGUAGAGCGCCAUCUGCGAGACACCAUUCCGCGAUAUGAUUCAAAACGUGUCGAGUUCCGGUUUAGCGUUCCCACAACUUGGAAAAAUCCGGCCAUGAUCGCCGAGACAAAGCAGCUCAUUCACAAAGCAGGAUUCGGUCGACGCAGUGCGAGAGAAACAGUCGAGGUCAGUUUGACAGAGGCAGAAGCUGCUGCCGUGUAUGCAUCAAAGCAGCAAUAUUCUUCUGGGGACGUGUUUCUCGUGUGUGAUGCCGGUGGAGGCACAUCAGAUGUCAACAUUUUGAAAGUAUUGGCUUCAGGGAUAGGAGAGACGGAGCUCGAGCCUCUAUCGUGGGUGGAAGGUCGAGCCAUCGGGUCAACAUUAAUCGAUUACCGAAUGGAAAAGCUGAUCAUUGAGCGUUUGGAGCCGAUUCGGGAGCACCUAGUAUUGAAACCGGAGACGGCGGCGUAUAGAAUGCUAAGGGAAAACUCGAGGUUCGAAAGCUUCAAAUGCAAUCUCGGUGACGAGGCAAUGGAUUUGCCGUCAUUGAGACUGCCGAUACCGGGUUUGCCAUACGGCACAAACUUUGAAUUUGUCGGUGUUGAGGACUCCCAGAUGAUAAUCAUGAAGGAAGAAGUCCAGGCAAUUUUCGACGACCAGGUGGAGAAACUUACCAACUUGAUCGACGAACAGCUGACGCAUCUGCAAACGACGAAGCCUACGGAGCAAGUCGCCUAUAUGGUGUUGUCUGGUGGGCUUGGAAGUUCGCCGUACCUCCAGAAGAGACUCACAGCUCGAUACCAAGGCGGAACGACUCAGUUCCCAAACGCAAAGGAUCUGCAAAUUCUCCGAGUUCCCAAGCCUCAACUGGCGGUCUGCCACGGACUAGUUCUUGACCGGGUUCAGCAGAUCAAAGCAAAUCGAUCCGUUUACAAGGAAAGAUACUGUCGAAACUCAUACGGGGUCGUAGUGAGGCGAGAAUACGACCCCAAGUGCCACCUUGGGCAACCCGUUAUCAUCGACCCCAGAGACAACAAAAUAUGGGUUGAAAAGCAGAUAGACUGGUUCGUUGUAAAGGUAGGUCCGGAUGAAACUUCCACUAAGAUUAAGCGUGGAGGCUUAAGGGUUGAGCAGGGCCAGAAAGUUUCUGUACAAAAUGGCGUCAAGCAGCGGUACUCGAUGAAAAUCCAGCCAGGAAGCGAACGCUUGCCCUGGCAGUCUCAAAUUGUCAUGUCGAGUCUACCGCCAGAUCAACUUCCCAGUAGUUUGAACGACCCUGGAGCACAGCCUGUAUGCAAAGUCGAAUCUCAGCUGCCUCAAGACAUGAAACGGAAGAACCGACACUGGUACAAUGUCGGUCCCGAGUACCUUCGUGCGGAAUUCGAGAUGCAAGUGCUCAUUGGGCCGGCUGAUCUUAAAUUCCAAACUCUGAGUCGAGACGGGGUUAUGAGUAGGGAUCAUGAGAGCAUUGACGUGGAAUGGGUCUCAUCCACCAAGGAGGCGAGUCAACCGUUCAUCGCGGAGUUGGAAGGAUGCGACAGCCCUCACGUAGCGCGGAAGGGUCAGCGAUGGAGUCAGCUUAAACUUGUCAAUCGGUGA